AUGAAACAUUUAGGCAAUUACAAGCUGGUGUUCCUGGGAGAUCAGGCCGUUGGUAAAACGAGCAUCAUUACAUGUUUCAUGUACGGUAACUUUGACACCAAUUAUCAGGCUACAAUUGGAAUUGAUUUUUUGGCCAAAACCAUGCGGCAUGAAGAUACAACUUUUCGUCUGCAGUUGUGGGACACGGCUGGACAAGAGAGAUUCAAAAGCCUAAUACCAAGUUAUAUCAGAGAUUCUUCUGUUGCUGUCAUUGUCUAUGAUGUUUCUAAUAAGCAAUCAUUUAUCAACACUUCCAAGUGGAUUGAAGAUGUUCGCGCAGAAAGAGGCGACCAAGUCAUCAUUGCUCUUGUUGGUAACAAAACCGAUCUUGUUCAUAGAAGGCAAGUUUCAAUAGAGGAAGGGGAUACCAAAGCUCGUGAGCUUGGAGCUUUGUUCAUAGAGACUAGUGCAAAAGCUGGCUUCAACAUUAAGCCUCUGUUCUGUAAGAUUGCGUCGGCGUUACAGGGGACUGAGACAGUUACUUGGAUGAGACAAGAUGAUUUGGUGGAUGUGAACUUAAAGCCAUUGACCAAUGCAUCUCACUCAGAGCAACAGGGAAACUGUUCUUGUUAA